AUGCCGCCACCAGCCCCGGUGCAUAUAUUGGUAGAGUCUAGUAGGAGUCAUAGGAGGAGGCGUCAUAGAGUUCCAAUUAAAGAGAAUUGGUCACAAGAAGAAGACAUAUCGUUAUGGAAGAAUGAAAAAGGAAAAUACAAGAAAAGGUUCUUGACAAGUGAGACGUGGAGUUGUAUCAGAGAGAAGCACCUAUUAUGUUCUUGGUCUUCGGUUGUGUGGUUCAAACAUGCUACCCCGAAGUACUCCUUUGUGACUUGGAUGGCUAUGCGGGGUAGACUAUCGACGGGAGAUUGGAACAUUAAUGUUGAUGCAUCAUGUGUUCUGUGCCAAGAACCAUUGGAGACUGCAGAUCAUUUGUUUUUCAAGUGCCCUUACUCAGCGCAUAUUUGGGAAGCCUUAAUGAAAGGGGUGAUGGAGAGUCAAUUCACUAUGGAGUGGGAAACGAUAACUAGUCUUCUCAUGGAGGGUUCAAACUGGAGUGAGGUUAAAAUCUUUGUAUCAAGAUACAUACUGCAGUCGACAGUUCAUGCUAUUUGGAUGGAAAGGAACCGAAGGAAACACAAUGAACUCCCGUCUCCAAGUGUGGUAUUGACUAAGAGACUGGACAAGAACAUGAGAAACAGAUUCACCACUUUGCAAAGAAGAGGAGAUAAGGAGUUGGCUGAAGGAAUGACAUUUUGGUUUGGCUCUAGAUAG